UUAGUGGACUUCAGUUUUUGCAAAAUCAAAUGUAAUUGUUGUAUGAGCAUUAGUUAGUACAACGUGGAUACAAUAACAAGUUGGCAUGCCACGUUUGUGUGCUUUCUGCGGCUGUAAUAAUCGAGUGGGCUGUGGGCUUUCGUUUUUCGCAUUCCCAAAGGACAGUACAAGGAGGCGGAAAUGGCUUCUUAAUUUGAUGAGGGCAGACUUAUCCCCCGACAUGACGAGAGAAGAGUCCGACAGAGCUGGGUAUGUGGUCUGCGAACAACAUUUCAGGCCAAAGGACAUAAACUCAAAGGGUAGAAGAAAACGUCUGGCUCCUGAAGCCGUCCCCAUCCUUCUGCACACUAUAAAGGAGGAACAGAGAGAUUUGGAGAUGCCUUCUACUGAUGUUCAUGCUCCAGUGCCUCUGCAAGACACACCCCCAUAUGAACAGGUCGUGGCAAUGUUUAACAAGCUGCUGGCAGAGAAGGAUGAGAAAAUCAAGGAUCUGAAAAGCAUUCUGCAGAGAGAGAGGGCCAGAAUGCGGCUGAUGAAGUUCCGCAUGAACAGCAAAAUCAGAGAACUGAAAAGAAAACUCGAACAGCAGCAGAACAGUAGCAGUGACCAAGGCGAUCAGCUGACUGCUGCCUCCGACUGCCUUCCACAGGCAGCAAAGGAGUUUUUUGACAAGCAAAUAGCCAUGGCCAAGGUGAGGAAACACGGCCAGAGAUAUGACAAGAAACAAAAGGACAUGGCAAUCCAGCUGUACAAACAGAGCCCAAGCUGUUACUCUGAACUCCAAAAAAUGUUUCAGUUACCGUCUUCAACCACUCUGAGGAGGCACCAGGUGGUCAGUCAGGAAGCGAGUCCAAGUGAAGAGGAGGAUCGGGAGCCUUUGGGAUGGCCUGCCAGUCAGAAGGACACACCAAGUGACCCAGAGAGAGGUGAGGAGGAGAAACUUGCUGAUGUAGCUGGAUGGGUGGUGCAGAAAGUGGCUCAAGAUCCAGAAGUCAGUGCUUGUACCGAAUGUGAAAGUUUGCUUGUGGAGACCAAUGACACAGAGCACAACUAUCACACACGGAUGGAGAAGGAUGCCGUCUCAGCUGUGAAGAAAAGCCCAACCUCUGCCCGGCUGCUUCAUCCAUCCGAAGCUUUCAAAGAAUGCAUUUCGAAAUGUGACAGCGUCAUCCAAAAAAUCCCCCCAAAUGCAAUGGCCCCGAAGAAAUUAAAGGCCUACCUCAGAGCCAGCGGUGCUUUCAGUGAGCUCCACCGCAUCCAUCCUGCCCACUCAAAGGCCAUCGAGAGGGUCGCCGUGAAUAAAUAUGUGAUGUGCAGGGUGGUGGCCGAGCUGAAGGAAACAGCACAAAACAGAAAACGCACACAUGAGAAAAAAAGUGCUGCGUGUCAAGAGCUAAAUGUUAGCACCCUUGAAGUAAAUCAGGACUAAAUAAAUAUAAAAUGUUGUUAAUUUGAUAAUAAAUUAUUUUAGGCCAUUCUAA